GUAAUAUUAAAUACAUUUUUUAUUUUAUAUUAUAUAGCUGCAGAAUUAUUACGAGAAGCUGAAAAAUUAGUUGAUCAAAAAAUUCAUCCACAGAUCAUUAUUGCUGGAUGGAGAAAGGCAACACAAAUAGCACUUGAAGCUUUAAAACUGGCUUCAUUAAAUCAUAGCAAAAAUGAAGCUGAAUUUAGAGAAGAUUUAUUAAAUAUUGCUCGUACAACAUUAAGUUCUAAAAUCUUGUCUCAACAUAAAGAACAUUUCGCUAAACUAUCAGUAGAUGCAAUCUUGCGUUUAAAAGGAUCUGGAAACUUAUCAGCUAUACAAAUUAUAAAGUUAAAAGGUGGUUGUUUGGAAGAUUCAUUCUUGGAUGAAGGUUUUCUUCUUGACAAGAAAAUUGGCCAAUUUCAACCAAAACGUUUAGAAAAUGCGCGUAUAUUAAUAGCAAAUACACCUAUGGAUACUGACAAAAUAAAAGUUUUUGGGUCUCGUAUAAAAGUUGAUUCUAUGGCAAAAGUUGCUGAACUUGAAUUAGCAGAAAAAGAAAAAAUGAAAGAUAAAGUUGGAAAAAUCCUUGCUCAUGAAUGUAACGUGUUUAUAAAUAGGUAA